GCUCCCCUCCGGGAGAUAAAACACCCUCCCCCCGAUCCAGCCACCAUCGCCAUUCUCUAGGGUUUAUUCCACGCCUCCCGUCGCCGCCGCCGCCGCCGUCGUUGUCCUCGCCCGCGCGCGAGGAGAACGCUAAACUCCGGUCAAGAUGGCGAGGGGUUUGAAGAAGCAUCUGAAGAGGCUCAAUGCCCCCAGCCAUUGGAUGCUUGACAAGCUUGGUGGAGCAUUUGCACCCAAGCCUUCUUCUGGUCCCCACAAAGCUCGGGAGUGCUUGCCUUUGAUCCUUAUCCUCAGGAACAGGUUGAAGUAUGCUCUGACCUACCGUGAGGUUAUUUCCAUCUUGAUGCAGCGGCAUGUUAUGGUUGAUGGAAAGGUCAGGACUGACAAGACUUAUCCGGCUGGAUUCAUGGACGUUGUGUCAAUUGCAAAGACUGGGGAGAAUUUCCGCCUUCUGUAUGACACCAAGGGUCGCUUCCGUCUCCACAGCAUCAAGGAUGAGGACGCUAAGUUCAAGCUCUGCAAGGUCCGGUCUGUACAGUUUGGACAGAAGGGUAUUCCUUUCCUGAACACCAACGACGGGCGCACGAUCCGCUACCCAGACCCACUCAUCAAGGCCAACGACACCAUCAAGAUUGACUUGGAGACCAACAAGAUCGUGGACUUCAUCAAGUUUGAUGUUGGAAACAUCGUGAUGGUGACCGGUGGGAGGAACACGGGGCGCGUCGGGGUGAUCAAGAGCAGGGAGAAGCACAAGGGCAGCUUUGAGACCAUCCAUGUCGAGGAUGCCCUCGGCCACCAGUUCGCGACUCGCAUGGGCAACGUCUUCACCAUCGGCAAGGAGAGGAAGCCGUGGGUAUCUCUCCCCAAGGGCAAGGGCAUCAAGCUCAGCAUCAUUGAGGAGGCGAGGAAGCGCAAUGCCGAGGCUGCCGCUGAGGCUUGAUUUCUGAAAAUCUCCAUGAAUGAAACUGUUGAUUUGAGCAGUCUAUUUAUAUAGAUUAUUUAGCUCUUAAGAUCAUAUGUCCAUUGGAGACCGUCAAUUGGCGCUUCAUUGUUCGAUACUUGUCGAGCUGUUUUGAAACUAUGAAUUCAUCAUCUGUUACCUUCAGCAUAAUAGAUCCAGAAUCCUUUUUUAGCUUGUGUAAUCUUUCCCAAAUGAGAAGCUACCUUGCAUACUGAAAUGAAUUCCACAUGAUGUUUGGAUUUGCAA